AGAAAGGGGUGUGUACAUGAAAUGAGAAGAGAGCCGUCUACACUUUGAUAGCGCCAACCCAAGUAAACCAACAAACAACUCGGCGGAGACCAACCAUGGCAGAGAAACCCGCCCAGAAUCCCGGGACAACCAGCACUUCUACCUCCACCUCCGCCUCCAAUGGUGGGAAAACCAUUGACGAAUGCCAAGAUAUGAUUCGCAGAAGUCUACGGACUCCGAUGGUGAAGUUUCUAUUGGAGCAUUUGGAGAAAUCUGGAUGCGCCAUUGGAGAAAGGUUUAUUAAGGCCGUUCAUUGUAACAAACAGAUUGCUGGUGGCUACGUUCGCGGCGAAGGGAUUCAGGUUUGUAGUAAUCACAUGAACAUACAAGACGAGGUGAACCAAGUUGUGAUACAUGAACUGAUUCAUGCUUACGAUGAUUGUCGUGGGGCAAACUUGGACUGGGCUAAUUGUGCUCAUCAUGCUUGUAGUGAGAUACGCGCCGGCCAUCUCAGCGGCGAUUGUCACUACAAACGGGAACUUCUGCGGGGUUUUGUAAAGAUACGAGGUCAUGAACAAGAGUGUGUAAGACGAAGGGUUAUGAAGUCAGUAAUUGCAAAUCCUUACUGCUCAGAAGCAGCUGCAAAGGAUGCCAUGGAGGCAGUCUGGGAUAUUUGUUAUAAUGACACAAAACCCUUUGACAGAGCUCCAUAAGCAUAAAAGAUAAACCAAAUCAGUGGCAGCUAGACAUUUUAGAUUCUUCCCUUGAUAAAUUGGAAGUUAGAAAGUGUAAAACUUUUGCUUCAUAUCUUCAGAAUCCUUCCAACAAGAAAUUUUGCCAUUCUUUCAACCAUAAUACUAAUUGUAUGCUGGUCAUUAAUAUUCUUUCUCCAAGGUUAUUGUUAGAGAAUUUAAGAUUUCUCUCUUGUUGAUCAUAAUAAGAAUUAUUUUCUUUUGUUGGUUUUAUGCCCCGAACUCCUUGCAGCUAAAUGAAUUUCUGGCUUGCCAGCAAUGCUGUUAUUAUCUAA